AUGGGCAGGCCAAGCCCCAGGGCAUGGCCCGCCCUGCUGGCCGCCGUGGGCCUCGCCUUCGCCGCGGUGUCGUGGCGGACCCGAACCGACGCGCCGACGGCGGCGCUCAACGCCGCAGCCCCUCUCGAAGCCACCGGCGAGACGAAGCAGGACCUCGCGAAGCUCGCGGCGGCGGCGGAGACGCGCCCCCACGUCGUCUUCGUCAUGCUGGACGACGUGGGCUUCAACGACGUGGGCUACGCGUCGAGCGACCUCGGCGAGAUGACGCCCUUCCUCGACGGUCUGAUGGCCGACGGCGUCCGCGUCGACCGACUCUACGGGCAGCAGGUCUGCACGCCGUCGCGCGCGGCCAUGCUCACGGGCAAGCUGCCCAUCCACCUCGAGCUCCAGCACUGGCAGGUCGCGCCGUCCGAGCCCUGGGGCCUGCCGACGCGCGAGGCGACCCUGGCCCAGUACCUGAAAGCGCUCGGCUACUCGACGCACAUGGUCGGCAAGUGGCACCUGGGCCACUACAACAACGCGUCGACGCCCCUGAACCGGGGCUUCGACUCCUUCUACGGGUUCUACAGCGGCGGCGUCGACUACCUGACGCACGACCCGUCGACGGGCUACGUCUGGCGCUGCUAUCGAGAUUUGUGGGACGACGAGCGACCGGUCACCGACGCGCACGGCCAGCACCAGACGUCGCUCAUGAACGAGCGGGCCAUCGCCGUGCUCGAGCGCCACGCCGUCGAAAAGAAGUCCGAGCCCGUCUUCGCCUACGUGAGCUACCCGAACGCGCACCUGCCGCUCCAGCCGCCGACGGAGCUGCUCGAAAGGCGCAACGCGACGCUGCUGGACAUCCCGAACCACGACCGGAAGAACUUCGCGGCGCUCAUGAUGAACGCCGACGAAUCGCUGGCGAACCUGACGAACCGGGGCCUGAAGGCCACGGGCCUCUACGACACCGCGGUCAUCGUGAUCGCGAGCGACAACGGCGGGCAGGUCAGCGCGAUGGGCGGCGGGUCCAACUACCCGCUCCGCGGCGAGAAGAAGUAUUUGUUCGAGGGCGGCGUCCGCGCCCACGCCGUCAUCCACAGCCCCCUGCUCCCGCGGGCCGCGCGGGGGUCGUCGUACGGGAAGCUCAUGCACAUGUCCGACUGGCUGCCCACGCUCCUCCAGGGCGCCCUCGGCGCGUCGGCCGACGAGCUCGCGGGCCUGAAAUUGCCCCGGGGCGUCGUCAACGACUACGGCGCCAUCGACGGCGUCGACCACUGGGCGCACGUCGUCGGCGCUGUUGACGCGGCCGCCGCGGCGCCGCGCGACGAGCUCCUCCUGAACAUCGACUACCUCGACGGGUCCGGCGACUACCUGGGCUACUUCCGGGCGGCGCUGAUCAUCGGCGACUGGAAGUUCAUCUACAACGAGAAGAACAUCUCCUGGUUCGCGCCGUCCGACGAGCCGAACUUCCACCUCAACAACAUCCACGUCUCCGGCCGGCUCACGGCGCUCUACAACGUCACGGCGGACCCGGGCGAGCGCAACGACCUCAAGAGCCACUACCCGGCGCAGAUGAAGCGCAUGCUCAAGAAGAUCCAAAACGGCUACCUGCCGACGAUGCUCGUGUCGAACUACCGCGGCGAGGACGACGGCUGCUACGAGGCCUGGGACGACGGCAACUUCGUCAAGCCCUGGGUCAGCGACCUGCGCGAGGGCGAGAACGCCAGGGCGGCGCUCGUCGCCGACGCGCGCGCGGACUACGAGGGCGCGGCCUUCGGCGACGACGGCACCUACGCCGUCGACGACGACGCGGACAUCGCGACGACGCUCGCGGACCUCGACGCCCUCAUCGACGCGCGGAGGUAA